AUGUCCGGUUCCCUCAGCCCCCCCAACCCAUCCCCCGGUCGACCCUCACGGUUCACCCCUCUUCCAAAAAUCUACCGUAGCCCGACUCCUCCCCACCCCCCGCCCCCCUCGGGUGGCAACAUAACCCUCACCUUCAUCCGCCACGAGGAGCCCUUCACAGCCAAGGGAUGGUCUAUCACCCCCUUCAAGGGAUGGAUCAACAAGUGGCCUGGUAACCGUCCCAUUGCGUUGUGGCACGACGACGCCCAGAUCGACCCCAACGACUGUCCUGCCCAACUGGGGCUCAAGAACGGCGACGAGAUCAUCGUGAUUGACGCUGGUAGUACCUAUCCGCGUUCGCGUGUGAUUUCGGACACGGUUACGCUUACGGACCCGCCUUCCCUCGUCCUCGAGGGCUCCGCGUCCAACGGGGCUCCUGAACCCUCCGUGUCCAACGGUACGACCGAACCCGUCGUUUCCAUGCCCAUUUUGCCGGUUCCUCAGUUCUGGCCCGGUUCCCAGACCCCUCCCGAGCCCCGGAGUAACCAUAGCCAUGACAGCAUCAGCGGCGACGAGAGCCCUAGUCACCGCAGCAACACGGUUAAUAACGGAAGCGACACGGACGUGGACGAGGGUCUCGCCACCCCCAGCGAGUCGCCCGGUCUCGGAUCCCCUUUCCGCCACAGUAUGACGCUCAACUAG